GUACCCUCAGAAGAAAAUUUGUGUCAAGCAAAAAAAAAAUGUCGGCUUCCUUGAUGUCCAUGUGGCUUCACUGACUCGAGCUAGAAUAGAUAUUUCAUUCAAAUUUAUAUUUAGAUAUUUUAUUGACAGUUGAAACAGCCGAGAAGCCGUCAACGACACGUUGAAAACGUUUUGAAAAUGCAGCACGACGACGUUAUCUGGGACGUUAUAGGUAACAAAGCGUUCUGCUCCUUCAAAGUCAAGACAAAAACACAAAACUUCUGCAGGAAUGAGUUCAACAUAACAGGCCUGUGCAACCGGUCGUCCUGCCCAUUAGCCAACAGCCAGUAUGCAACCAUCAGAGAAGAAAAGGGUCAGUGUUUCCUGUAUAUGAAGGUUAUUGAAAGAGCAGCUUUUCCUGCCAGAAUGUGGGAAAAGGUGAAGUUGAGUAAGAACUAUGAAAAGGCCCUGGAGCAGAUUGACGAAAACCUCAUCUAUUGGCCUCGCUUCAUCAGACACAAGUGUAAACAACGUUUCACCAAGAUCACUCAGUAUCUCAUUCGUAUCCGCAAGCUAACCCUCAAACGACAGAGGAAACUGGUUCCCCUCAGCAGAAAAGUGGAACGGAGAGAGAAAAGGAAAGAGGAAAAAGCCUUGAUAGCAGCCCAGCUGGACAAUGCCAUUGAGAAGGAACUGCUGGAGAGACUCAAGCAGGGAACAUAUGGAGACAUCUACAACUUCCCCAUCCACGCAUUUGACAAGGCUCUGGAACAGCAGGAUGCAGAGAGUGAGACUGAUGAUGAGGAAGAGCAGGAAGAGGAUGACGCGGAUGUCGGGAAGAAAGAGUUUGUGGCUGAAGAUGAAGUGGAUGAGAGUGACAUCAGUGAUUUUGAGGACAUGAACAACUUGAAGGGAAGCAGCGAUGAGGAUGACGAGGAUGAGUCCAGUGAUGAAGAGUCGUCCGAGCAAGAGAUGGAGACCGAGGCCUCGGGAUCAAAGGUCAAGUCUAAAGGCAAGGCGCCUCUGAAGGGUUCUUUGAGGAAGAAGAGGGCGUAUGUGGAGAUUGAAUAUGAGCACGAGACAGACCCAGCCCCCAAGAGCAAGCACACGUAGCUGGAACAACCUGCUGAUGGACUCAGUACCUCCCCCUGAGAAAUGCCGGCCUGAAAAGAGCAUGUAUCUCAAACUCUUUCUCCUGCAUUUUCACCAGCAAAAAAGGACUUAGCUAAGGCUUUUUUUUAUUGGUUGAGUUUUUGUACAAUGAAUGUGCUGGAUUGAGAUGAACGUUGUAUGUAAGGAUCUGAAAUAAAUAUUCUUAUGAGAAGAA